AUGAGGCUCGAGGCGGUGGAGAACGAGGAUGAUUAUGCGGUAUAUCGGGCGGAUCAUGGUCUGGACGCGCUCGCACGUGUCGGGACGGCUGUGAUUGCGACGAGCGCGGCGGUGCCGGCGUGCGCGGCGUUUCUCGGAGACUUGGAACUCUUGCGGUUGGCGCUCGAGCUCGGGUACGAGUGGAACUGGGAGACGUGCGCGAGUGCCGCCAUGAGUGGACAGUUGGAAUGUUUGAAGUACGCGCGCGAGCGCGGGUGUGAUUGGAGCGACUUGACGUGCGCGAAUGCCGCCGAGAAUGGACAUUUGGAGUGUUUGAAGUACGCGCACGAGCACGGGUGUCCUUGGAACGAGGAGACGUGCGGUGCUGCCGCCGAGAAUGGACAUUUGGAGUGUUUGAAGUACGCGUACGAGCGCGGGUGUCCUUUAUACGAGGAAAUGUGCGCGUAUGCCGCUUCGAAUGGACAUUUGGAGUGUUUGAAGUACUUGCACGAGCGCGGGUGUCCUUGGAACGAAGAGACGUGCCAGAAUGCCGCUGAAAAAGGACAUUUGGAGUGUUUGAAGUACGCACACGAGCACGGGUGUCGCUGGGACGAGUUGACGUGCGGUGCUGCCGCCUAUGUGAACGAGAUUGAAUGUUUGCGAUACGCGCAAGAUCACGGCGCGCCCGAUUCAGCGCAUUACGUCGUCGAUUGGCAACGAAUGUACGUCAGCGCGGUGGAAUUGAUCGUCCAAAUCGCACUGUCACAUCAACGAGACGGCUACGUGUCGCUACGCGAGCUCACGCCUACGGUGAACCGCUUCUUGCGCGCGUGGCCGGAACUAGAUGUGCGCGAAGAAGUGAUAGGACAGCUGCGCGAAUAUUUUGGCUUUGACCCCCUUGAAGAACCACCCCCACCGCGCGAGCGAUUCUCGACAAUGAUAGACCUGUACGCCACGAAAUGA